UUCCUACCUUUCCUUUGACAUUUUAUUUUAUCUAUCUUUUAAAAAAUGUUUAUAUUACAAACUUUUCAUUAUCUAAACUAAAUCAUAAUUUGAAGUUUUAUACUGGAGCCCAAAUUUGAGAAUUUUGGAUGCAAUGCUUAAAAAAGACCCUUUUUCUUCAACAUCCAGUAUACUUAGUGUUAUAAUAAAAAGAGAGAAUUUUAGAUAAAAUGGAAAGUUCUGUGUUGAUCAUCGAUGUUCAAGCCAUAGGUUUGGCAACUGUGACUCCUACCCUGGACGAUUAUCGUAUGGUUGGAAAACAAUUAGGAAAAUUAUCAAGCAUACACUUUUUUCAUCUAAUAACAAUUCAAAAAAUUCUUAAAAAUACUUUUUACUUGACUAGCUUGAUUUGAUCAUUUAUUUGGGUAGAUGAGGCAUUUAGAAAAAUAGGUUUCGUUUAUCUAAAGAACCAUGGGGUAAAUUCACAAAACAUAAAGAAAGGUAUGGAAGAAAGCAAACUAUUCUUUGAACAGGACGCUGAGAAGAAAAAUGAGUGGAGGAGGGAAAAUAAGAAAGGAAGAGAUAUGUCAGGCUGGGUGGCUCAGAACAGAGAAUACUUUAAACAGAAUGAUGGCAGCCAAGCAGUGACAGAACUGCGCGAAGCGUUUGAUAUAUUCUAUGUUGACGGGGAGAAUAGUAGAUUACCUUGUAUCAACAAUGAGAACAGAAAUGCCUUUCAGGAUUUAGCUCACGAGUCUAUUGAACUUGCUACGAGACUGUUACGCUGUCUCUCUCUUGCUCUGAAUAAAAAGAUUCAUUUUUUUGAAAACUUGCACAGGAGAAUGCUUUCUGGAAAUAAUAAAACUUCUCUGCGAUCACUUUACUAUCCACCGAUCAAGGAAAAUGUUGAAUCAGGAAGUAUCAGAUGUGGGGAACACACCGACUACGGAACUCUAACCUUCUUAUAUCAAGAUAAAUAUCCAGGACUACAGGUGAAAACAGUGACUGACGGAUGGAUAUCUGUUCCUCCAAGACCAGGACUGUUAAUGGUGAAUAUUGGAGACAUGUUAGAGAUGUGGACCAAUCAACUGUAUUCAGCAACAUUUCAUAGGGUUGUAAUUCCCGAUGAAGAGAUAGAGAGGAAAGAAGCCAGACAAAGUAUUGCUUUCUUCCUGCACCCUGACGAUCAGGUUAUGAUUGAGCCACUGGUUGCUGAAAUAAAUGAAGAAAAACAGAAGAAGGGAGAAACAACAUAUUCUUCAGUUUCGGCACUCCAGCACUCAGCCAAGAGAUUCUCAGAGUCCUUUAAAUACUAAUCCAGAACUCAAAGACGCCAGUCUACUUUUACUUUGUAUGUAUAUAUAUAUAAUAUAUAAAUAUAUAUAUAUACAAAGUAUAAAACCUUGAUAAGAUUCAAGACUAUUUACUAAUUUGCGUACAUUAACUACAUGUACAUGUAUAUAUGUAAUAUGUAUAAGCUUUCUCAGUUUUUAUUGUUUUAAGCAAUUGUUUCAUCAAUUCCAAAACUCAAAUGCUUUAACCAGUUUUGUUAAAGUUUUUUUACAACAUGCAGUCUAAAAUUAGUCUUAGUCUGAGGUUAAAAUGUUCUCCAGAACUAGAUGUUUUUAGUCUCAAAGACAGCUAAGUCUCAUUCCUUAGCUUAUUCUAUUUCUUUAGUUAUGUCCUCUGAACUACAACAUAGCAUUAUGUUCUUUUGUAUAAUGUAUUCUUGUAUAAUUACUUUAAUGAACUAUAGUGCGGGUUGCAUAAUAACUUUAAUAAACUAUAGUACGGGUUGCAUAAUAACUUUAAUGAACUAUAACACGGGUUGCAUAAUAACUUUAAUGAACUAUAGUACGGGUUGUAUAAUAACUUUAAUAAACUAUAGUACGGGUUGUAUAAUAAUUUUAAUAAACUAUAGUGCGGAUGGGUUGUACAGGGUGUCCCAAAAAACAUGGGAAUUCA